AUGUAAUCACCUACAUCGUCUAUAAAUAAAUUACGAAACUCACUUACUAGCUUUUAUGUUAAAAGUAGUUGUUCUAAUAAAACAUCACCAAUCAAAGAAGACCCUACAAUACUCUAAAAUCUAUUAAGAAUGUAACAGAAAGAAAUUGAUAGAUUGGAACAUCAGAAUAAGAAUCUCCAAGUACUUACAUAACAUUAAUGUUCCAUACUUUAUUAAGAGAGAACGUUACGUACAAACUCUACUAAAUUAUAAAUACAUGCAGAUUUACCACAACCAUUACCCAAUGCUAGAAAUGCUAGAAGAUCAACAAUAAAGAAUGUAUUAUAGGCUAUGAAACCACCACCUCGUAAAAUGGUAGUCUCUAAUAAACUAUAAAUGACUAACAAUGAAUGUUUUAAGUUAAGCUCAAUUCUAGAAGCAACUAAUACAUAAGCAAAAUAAUUAUAUCAUGAUGACAGUAGUAUAUAAUUAGUCAAAGAAAUACUAAAAGAUGAGGAUUCAUUUAUUGAUAUUAUUACAACAUAUCCUCCUUAAUAAGUUUCAAUUAUGUAUGAUAAAAUUAAGAAAUUGAUAAAUGAACAUGAAUAGAUGUUUGAAAUGAUAUUAAAGUUCAAGUAAAUUAUAGAUAACUCUUUUAAUCUAUAAAAUAUUAAAUUACAAUUAGAAGCACUAAAUCAGUUGAGUUAAUAAUGUAAGAAUAUCCUUGAAUGUAAAAAUGCAUAGAUUAUUAUUAAUAAUGAUGAGACAAAUAAAUCAUAUAUAUAACAUGUCUAUAAUAACAAAUAAAUCCUUAAUUUGAAAAAUGCUAAAUUUGAUGAACGAUUUAAAAAUGAAAAUUUCAAUCAAUUAUUAGCAGCGCCAAUUUUAGACAAUAAUAGAUGUUUAGGUGUUAUUGUUUGUUAAGAUAAAUCAAUCAAUUUUAGUAAUGAAGAUGAAAUUUUGAUUUAAUACAUUUGUAGACAGGCUCAAUAUAUACUAAACAAUUAAAUAUCUAAUAAUAAAAUUGAAAUUCAACUUUAAAAAUAUUAACAUGCUCUAAAAAGUUUAUUAUUAUUAUAAUCAAUCGAUGAUUUAGAUACUAAAUUACAUUUCUCUUAAUAAAGACUUUGUGAAAUUAUGAACAGUAGUGAAUGUAAAAUAAUAUUACUUCAAUAAGAUAAUGAACUUUAAAAGAGUAUUAUAUGGGAAGCUAUUCAUAACAAUUAGACACUUUUUAUUAAUAAUUGCUAUAAUCAUGA